ACAAAUAAGCCUCACGUGGCAAAUGAGCCAUUACAUUUUUGGUUGACCAAAUUCGAUACUUAUUGACCGCCACCCCAAAAAAAACAAGCUUGGUGAGCAAAACAAAUAAAACGCCACCUGCUGGAGCAUAUAUAUUUCGGCCCCGGUUAUCCCUCGCUUCGAGGAAAAUCUGUAUUUUCCAGCAGGUGGCGGUUUUUCGUUUUUGUGUGAGUAUGGGCCUCCUUUAUUACCAGAAGAAGUAGAUUAUUGAUGUCGCCUCUGCGCAGCCGCCCAUUACAUCCAUGUUGUCUCCGAAGAGGGAAUCGGCGUCAGCAAUACUGAAGGAACGAUUUAGAUGUGUUUUUGUUUAUUAGCAUGCAUUUAUAUAUAUAUAUUUUUCCCCCACGAGGAAUAUGGAACUUCAAAUGGCGUUCGUUAUGUAGAAUGAUGUGUUUGCAGUCAGCAACCGUGCUAUUUAUUUUUCUUAAUGUUAUGUAAGAACAGAGUCGGUACGCGGCGCCUCUUGUACGGAAUUGAGGCGUAAUAAUGAAUAACGCACAAGAUAUGUCUCCCGAUUUUGUCUUGAUGCGCUUGGUUUCUGCGGCUGAAUAUGACCGAUUGGACGAUGAGAAUUUGACGUUGGGCGGUGGAGUGGUUUCCGGAUUCGGGAAAGCUGUCUUGGGUAAUCAUGGCAACAAUAUCAACACUGGGUUUGAAUUUGAUCCGAACAACCCCACAGCAGGCCCGGCGAUUCCGAGCAAUCCCUCCCCGCACUAUAGUUCACAGGUCGAGAGCCGGACGGGAGCCCUUGACAGCGGCUUGAUGCUGACUCGACCCUCCGCUUCUGAUGCGCCUCAACCACCAGACUUCGCCGUGGCUCAUCGUUUCGAUUUCCCUCAUGGCUCGGGCAGAGGGUCGCGAGCUCAGCUCAUGGUGUUUCAGAACCUCCUUAGGACAAGCGACGGUGUUUUUGAAUGCGGCCUCCAGCAACCUCCUGGCUUCCAAGUAAGUGAGGUUGAUAAACAGGAAGCCAGUUCUGUCUGUGUCAUGAUGACCAGUGACCACAACAUGGAUGUGCAACACCAGAGGCUUCAGUGGCACCCCAUUAUGAAGCUGUCCAAGGUGGUCACAGAUGCUGUUGACCUGGCUGGAGAGGGAGAUGGGCUCUGCCACCGGCACCGCCUGGUCACUGAUGCCAUGGACUGGCCUCCGCUCCUGGACAAGUCUCUCUGCUUCGACAUCCUGGACCCCCGGAAGACCUGUUCAACAGGGGACACCAACUACCACCACCAACUGGACGAUACGGUGCUCAACCUGGCCCGGAGGCUGGGGGAGCUGAGCCAGGCCUCAGAGAUGCUGCUGAAGGAGAGGGGAGCGAUGAAUCGCUGUUCCUGUCAGAGCAUCCUGGCUUCGGCAACUGGGGGCGUGGGCCCCGGAGAGGACCCUAGUGAAACCAGUGAUGCCCUCCUGGUGCUGGAGGGCCUGGACUCGGAGGAAGUGGGGGAGCUGGGGAUGGGCGGGGAGGAGUUUAAAUGUGGUGUCCCCGGGCAGGAGGGCGAGACUGACACGGGGCAGGGCGGGCGGGGGGCUUUCUCCAGCGGUUCCCUCACGGGACUAAUGAGGCAGGUACACAGGCUGGCCGGGGAGGCCCGUGCCUGUGGCCCCCAGGUGUGUCCCUCCCCGCUGGAUUCCCUGGGCUCUGCUGCAGCCUUAACAUCUUCCUCCCUGUCUCUGGCCUCUAACACCACAGGCCAGCAAGUGGUGGAAGCCUCCGCCACCCUAUCUGGCACCUUACCCUCACAGGACCCUCCCAGCCAAACCUCCCAGUCCCAGCCCCAAAGCAGGGCCACAACGCCGAAGUUAGGGGUGAUGUUGAGAGCCGCCUCACCCUUAGUAGUAGAGGGGGCAGCAGGGGGCGAGAAGACGACCAGAGGGAAGUCCAGGAAAGGCUCUCUGAAGAUCCGUCUGAGCAAACUAUUCCGGACCAAGAGCAGCAGCGGCUCCAGUCGCCACCUGGACAAGAGGCCCUCGCUGGCCUCCUCCACCUCCUCCGGGGGCAGCCAGAUGGAUGUGUGGGGCUCUGGAUCCACCAGCACAGACCAGGACACAGGGAGCAAACUCCAGCACUCCAGGCCCCAAAGUGCCUUCUCUCCGGUGGCCUUCGGUCCUGCCUUCACCGGUGAGACUGUGUCCCUUGUAGACGUGGAUAUUUCUCGUAGAGGGGUGAACUCUCUGCAACCCCCGACACCUCCACCUCCGCCCAGGCGAAGCCUCAGUCUGCUGGAUACGUUCCUGCGGGGCCUCCCCCGGCCCAUUCCGCUGCCUGGCGACGGCCAGAACCCGUCUCGGGUGGACCAGCGCCCCAUGCUGUGCCCACUGAGCCGCCCCGAUGCCAGCAGCUUUGCCACCAGCCUCCGGGAACUGGAAAAAUGUGGCUGGUACUGGGGUCCUAUGAACUGGGAGGAUGCGGAGAUGAAGCUGAAGGCCAAGCCAGACGGAGCGUUCCUGGUGAGGGACAGCUCUGACCCCCGGUACAUCCUCAGCCUCAGCUUCCGCUCCCAGGGAGUCACCCACCACACACGCAUGGAGCACUACAGAGGAACCUUCAGCCUCUGGUGUCACCCAAAGUUUGAGGACCGCUGUCAUUCUGUGGUGGAGUUUAUCGAACGAGCCAUCAUGCACUCCAAGAACGGAAAAUUCCUCUACUUCCUGCGCUCACGGGUCCCAGGCCUCCCCCCGACCCCGGUCCAGCUCCUCUACCCAGUGUCCCGCUUCAGCAGUGUCAAGUCCCUGCAGCACCUCUGUCGCUUCUGCAUUCGCCAGCUGGUCCGCAUAGACCACAUCCAGGAGCUCCCCCUUCCCACGCCCCUCAUAGUCUACCUGCGAAGGUUCUACUACUACGAUCCUGAGGAGGAGAUGUACAUGUCAGUCAAGGAGAUGGGGCGGGACACGACCACCCAACUGGCGACUGGCCAGCCGGAGUCUCAAACGUAGCAUUUGGAGGAUCAUUGGAUCAAGUUUUGUUUUUUUAUACACGGGAACAGCUUACCUGAAGACUGAUGGUGACUGUGCUUGGGGACAGUCUCGCUCAAACCCUCUUGGCCAGACUGUGCACUAAUCAGCGCUCUUGGUUGACUCGGUAUCUGGACGUCUGGGGCAGAGUUUUGGAUGAUCCACUCUCCUCCCUUUUUGAUUGGCUCACAGAAACUGGAGGAGGGGCAGGGGAUGAGGAAACUGCACCCACCCGGCCAGUGAGGAAGAUAUCUGAACGCGGGGCUGAACUGGAAGACCUGACUACUUCCCAUUGUGCUAACUACAGUAAGCCCCCCAGCUAAGACUGGACAUCACUGCAACGUCGAAACGAGCGCACCCUUGCGCUGGAGGCUAAGACGAUAGGUUGAGAGGCGAAGUAUAUGCACUCGUCCUUUUUUUUUUUUUUUGUACCCCUGCACUGAAAAGGUCUGGGAAAAGGGACCCCUUGUUGUUUGGACCAGAGUAUAACAAGCUGUCUAUUGUAUGUCAGCCAAGGCGGAGAAACUGUACCCACCUUCCUGAUGUGAUGCAUUCUCAACUACAGAGAAAUAUCAUUUUUUCCUCUUAAAAUAUUUGGUUGCCAAUGGUUUGAUCGGCACCUUUUUUUGAAUUGACUGCCUGAGCUGUGUGUGUGUCUGCGUGCCUGUAUGUGUGUGUAAAUACUGUGUGUUGGCGUUAACUCUGGUUAUCCACCAA